GCCAACAGUGAGUGAGUGUGCCAGCAGUGAGUGAGUGUGCCAACAGUGAGUGAGUGUGCCAGCAGUGAGUGAGUGUGCCAACAGUGAGUGAGUGUGCCCACAAUCAGUGAGUGUGCCCACACCUGGGGCGCACGCAACUCUCACCUCGGUCCUCUGGCGCGCAGACAGAUGGGUGGAGCGCGCGCGCGCUCUCGUGCCGCCUGCGUUCUGAACAGAUCCGUUAGCGCCUCAGAGUUCACUGAGAGAAAUUAGCUUAAAGCUAAAAAGUCGUUUUUACGGUUUUAAACGCGGAGACCGGAGAAUAACAAAGCGGCGGAAAAGUUAGUUCUUCGUUCUGUUUCUGUUUCGAGAGGAGAUUGUUUUUGUGUUGAUAUGCAGUGAAGGAAAGAAAGUUGUUUCCUGUCAGGAGACUAAAGACCCUCAGAGAGAUCCCGAAAUCCGCUCGUCGCAAUGUCUCCAUUCAAAAGCUGGAGGUAACCGGAGGAUAUCUGCGUUCCCUCGUUCGACAUGGUCCACUGGACCACUGUUCUGGUUCCAUGUAUCUGGAUUCAGGCCCUUGUGACAUGGGUGGCAUCAGAAACCUGCCCCUCUGCACCUCUCACUCCUGUCAGCUUCUCCGUGCCUUACCCCAUGCCCACAUUUCAGACCUCCAACCCCAUCCAGAACAUCGCUGUCAACACUUUUUACCACGAGGUCUACGUCGGUUCGCGGAACCUCAUUGAAGCGGUGAACAGCACUCUGGGUAAACUCUGGGAGCUGCGCACCGGCCCUGUGAGCAGCAAGGAGUGCCACCUGUGUGCACUGUGUGGCAUUGAGAACGAUCCGUUUGAGGAGGAUACGGACAGCGAGGUGCUGCUGCUUGACACCUACCUUAUGUACCUGUACACGUGCGGCAGCUCUCAGUAUGGAGUGUGUUACUUCCACCAGCUCAAUGAAAACGGGCGGGUGCCGACGCCCUCUAAGUGCCUUUUUCGCAAAGAAGCCAAUUCUGCCGCUUUCUGCCCGGACUGCAUCGCCAGCCCACUGGGCACCAAGGUCAGCAUGGUGGAAGAAGGUCAGACAGUGUAUUUUUAUGUGGCUGCAACGGUCAAUGACAGCGUGACACAGCGGUACGGAAGGAAGUCCAUCUCUGUGCGCCGUCCUUUAGCCACAGAGAAUGGCUUCCACAACGACGUGCAGGGCCUAACGGUCCUGCCCGAGCUGAGGCGGGUGUACCCCAUUGAAUACGUUUACAGCUUCUACACUAAUGACUUUGUCUACUUCCUGUCGGUGCAGAGGGAGAAGGCGGAGCAGCAAGGCACGUCCCGUUUUCAGACACGACUCGGACGUCUACCGCGCAACGAAUGGGAAAUGCGCCGCUACCGAGAGGUUGUACUCGAGUGCCGCUUCGAACCCAAGCGCAGACGCAGGAACGCGCCCGCUACCGCCUUCAGGGACAUCGUGUACAACGUGGUGCAGGCGGCACACUUUGGCAGGGCUGGACGAGAGCUAGCCGAUGAACUCGGCGUGGAAGAAAAUGAUGACAUCCUGUACGGAGUUUUUGCCGUGACGGACGUCUCGGGCGUUACCGAGCACGACUCGGCUCUUUGCGUGUUCCCCAUGGACUGGGUGAACAAGUUCAUCAACGACGGAGUGGAGGAUUGCUGCACGUUUGGACCUGAGCGGCUCUCCCGUGGUCUGUGCCACUUCCAGCCCUGCGAAAGCUGCCCACACGAGAGCAUGGAGCAUAAUAUGGGCUGCAGAGAUCAGCCCACUCUGGUGUCUCAGCCAUGUUACAGAGUGGACCUGUUCAACAGGCAGAUGAGAGACACGUUGCUCACCUCUCUGCUCGUCACCACCAUCGACAACGAAACCCUCGCUCACAUCGGUACGGCCGACGGCAGGCUGCUGCAGUAUGUCUUGCGGAGAUCCAGUCCCAUAAUCUUCGCCAACUAUUCCCUAGCACAGAACCAGAGGGUAUCAUCCACUGCUGCCGUGCUUCCUCCAGACCAUCUCCUGUUCAUAGUGGGGAAUAAGAUGAUCCAGGUGCCUCAGAGAGGUCCCGGGUGUCUCCACUUCCUCACCUGUGCUGCGUGUCUGACCGCUCCAAGGUUUAUGGCAUGUGGCUGGUGUUCAGGAAGCUGCACAUGGCAGUCUGAGUGUUUGGGACACUGGGUCAAAGAGUCCUGCCCACCUGUCAUCACCGACUUCUUCCCUAAGACGGCGCCCCUUGAUGGUCAGACGGAGUUAUCGCUGUGUGGAUUCGAGUUCCAGUCACCACAUAAACCUGACAUUACCACCAAGACUCACGUGGUGAAGCUCGGUGAAAGCAGCUGCAUAGUCCACCCUCAGAAAAGCAACAGCAAAAUGCUGGUGUGUAAGAUUCGUUCCGAGGUAACGGAGCCUCCGUAUAAGCCGAUUAACGUCACGGUGAGUGUUCGCGAGGAUCGCAAGGAAGACCCUUACUUCAUCAAGGGAAUCGAUGAAAUGCCCGGAUUCACAUUUGUGAGGCCUAACAUCACUGAGGUGCAGCCAGAUUAUGGUCCGAUGAACGGAGGCACUUUGAUCAACAUCACCGGACCUUUCUUACACUCAGGGAGGACCAGGAAGGUCACGCUGGACGGUGAAAUCUGUCCCAUUAAAGGUGUGUCUAUAGUCCGGAAGACCCUGUCCUCCAUCGUGUGUCUUUCUCAGCGUGUCAGCGAGGUGAAGGAUGUGGUGCUGCAGGUCUACAUAGACAAAUUUCGCAUCGCCACUACCAGAGUGUUCCGCUACAAGGAGACACCCAGGAUCCUCUCCGUUCAGCCCGAUUGCAGCUUCGACAAUGGCUCGUGGAUCACGAUCGAAGGGAAAAAUCUGGACUCCGUUUAUCGAACCAUCAUCCACUUCAAACCCAAAGAAAGCCACCUGAAGCCAGUUUCUACAGAGUGCCAAGGAAAAGCCAAGUCCACCCAUAUGGAGUGUGUGACCCCGGUCUUCCCCAGAGACGAGACAGAAGAAGGAGAGCUCUCCUUUGACAUGGAUGGAGCUGUGGGUUUGUGGAAGCAGGACUUCUCCUAUCACCCGUAUGGCAGACCCAUUCCCUUUGAGAACGAGGGACACGUUCUCACACUCUAUCCUGGCUUUGAUGAAGUUUCCUUACAUCACCAGAAGCUGAACCUUGUAAACUCCUGCAUGAAGAUCACCAUGACGGUCGGAGGGGUUGACUGUGGAGCGAAGGUGUUGGAUAACGAGAUCACCUGCCGCAUCCCCAAAAACCUCACCAUCACUAACGAGGGCUUACCUGUGAUGAUCACAGUCAACGGCCAGGUUCAUGAUGUGGGCACGGUCGUCCUGGUCAGCAACCACUACGUAGUGGGCAUCGUGCUGGGUAUUCUGGGAGCUCUGGUGGCUGGCGCGGUGCUGGCUUAUGUUACUAUGAAACACCUGAGAAAGAAGAAGACAGAUUCACUGGCUGAGAGUCGUCUGUCCCACUACUCCCGUAAUCACAGCUUUUCAGGCAAUGGGAGCGUCGAGCUCCUGCCGUUCGGAGACUACAGACGAGGAGAACUUAACUUCAGUCCGACCCCCGCGUCCGCUGUGCCUGUGGCGUUUCAAAGCCUGGCCUACGCCAACACGCUGGACCCCAGCCUCAACCCACUCGUGCCUUCUGAGAAAAUCUCCAUCUCCAGCUUUCGUCCGGAGCUCCUGGAAGAGGUGAAGGACGUCCUCAUCCCGGCGUCCAUGCUUAACGUACAGUACCAUCAGAUCAUCGGGAAAGGUCACUUCGGCACAGUUUACCACGGUUACCUAACCACUGACCACAACAACAGGGAAAUCCACUGUGCGGUAAAGUCUCUAAGUAACAGAAUAACGGACGUAGAAGAGGUGGAGCAGUUUUUGAAGGAGGGGAUCCUGAUGAAGGCUUUCCACCACUGUAAUGUGCUCUCUCUACUGGGCAUCCUGUUUCCUCAAGAAGGGCUUCCCCUAGUGGUGCUGCCCUACAUGAAGCACGGGGACUUGCGCCACUUCAUACGUUGUGAGAACAGGAACCCCACAGUCAAAGACCUGAUUGGAUUUGGACUUCAGGUUGCCAAGGGGAUGGAGUAUUUGGCCCAGAAGAAGUUUGUGCACAGAGACUUGGCUGCCCGCAACUGCAUGCUGGAUGAGUCCUACACAGUGAAGGUGGCAGACUUUGGCAUGGCUCGCGACGUGUUCGAUAAGGAAUACUACAGCAUCCAGAACCACAGGAAAGCUAAGCUGCCUGUCAAAUGGAUGGCCAUCGAGAGCCUGCAGACUCAAAAAUUCACAUCCAAAUCUGACGUGUGGUCCUUCGGGGUUCUGAUGUGGGAGUUAUUGACACGAGGAGCAAGCCCUUACCCAGAAGUUGACCCUUAUGACAUCACACAUUACCUCCUAAGGGGGCGGCGACUCCCUCAGCCACAGUAUUGUCCUGAUCCGCUGUUUGCCAUCAUGCUGCAGUGCUGGGAUCCGGACCCAGAGCUAAGACCCAACUUCUCCACGCUGGUCUCUGAGGUGACGGAGAUCCUCUCUGGCCUGGAGGGAGAGCACUACAUCAGCCUGAAGGUGACGUACGUGAACCUGGACCAGCCGCGCCCUUACCCCGCCCUCACCGACUCCGCCGACGAGUGUGAGACCUCGGAUGAAGACGAGGCUGACUCAGCCACCACCUGACCGGCUGUGGGUGUUGCCUCUUAUAGAGAAGGUGCUAAGACAUCAACCCCGAGUCAGUGAUUAUUAUUUAUUUAUUUUGCAGCAGCCAUACCGGAACGUAAAGUCGUAAAAGUCGAACGUUUGCGAAAUUCAACCCUUCGUGAUAGUGACGGUAAUGUAGGUUUGUUUAAUGGUAGAGGUGAAGUUUCCUCUAACCAACACAACCACACCGUUUACGUUUCCCCACGUUUUUUUUUUUCUCAGCACAAUUUCAGCUGCUGUCCUUCCUGUCAGCUUUAAUCCACUUGAAACGGACUAACAUUUAUUUUAUUUUAUUUUUUUUAAAUAUCACAUUCAUCUUGCUCAAAGUGUCAAAAGUAGACAUUCUUAAAAAAAAAAUUGUGUGUGAUGUAACUUCUGCGGAGUGAUAAAAAAAUGGUCUGUACUCAGAGUAACGUGGCUGAAUUCACCUCAUUCCCCACCUCAUUCAGCUGCGUUUCUAAAUGUUAUAAGUCUCUAUAAAGUGUCAGUACACGUUUCAGUAUUCCAGUAAAACUUGGAGUUAAAAUUCCACACCGGACUGCUUAAGGUCCAAUUUUUAUCCAUUGGUCUGAUGCAAGUCCGUCAGACUGCGUUCGGGUGGCGCGAAAGAAAAACCUCUCUUCACUGCCAUGCUCAUCUCGGUGGGAGGGGCUAACUGCCUCUCCCCUGUCAAUCACACCGACAUUAACCAGUCAUGAGCGUACACGAGUCCACGAAUGUAGAAGUUGCUUCAGGAUAAGCAGCAGUUUGAACACAUGAGUGUCUCAGAGGAAGCAUAUGUUAGACUUUACCCUCUCCAGGUGGUAGCUUUGUAUGAUAAGGGCAUCUGGCUUAUGUGGGGUUGGUUGGCCAAAAGUAAUUAAAAAAAUUCCGUUCUGUCUGAACGUAGCAGUAAAAUUCGUGGAGAUUGUCAUGAAGGAAACUGAAAUAUCCUGUUUUAAUAGUUACGGUGUAAACAUCAGGCUUCCACAGGAUGCACUACAAUUUCGUUUGACCCUAUAACUAAAAUCACCUGCUGUAAUGUGACACAAUACAACUGGGUUCAAUUUACGGAGAAUCAGAGACGCCGAGCGGCAAAUCGCCUCCUAUACUGUAAAAUUUACUCUUACACGUCAGUUUAAAACUAUUCUUUUUUUACAAAGUAGUUUUUUUUGUCCUUUAUAGAAUCCAUUAAGUAAUCGAUGUGAUCGGUCGAAUUAUAUUUGAUGCCUUAAUUCAGUUAAGACGUCGUCUUCUGAUUCGGCGCGUCGAUCGCCCGAUCGCUACGUGUCUUACGCAUUAUAGUUAAAUCGUGGGACGGAGCCUAAAGCUUUCCACCAGUCCAGUUUAACAUGUUUUCAUCUCGUCUGUGUAAUAUCUCAUUCAUUCUGAAUCUAUGGAAUCUAUACAAUAAUAAAAUAUUCAGAUUUUAAAGGAGCCCUAAAUGAUCUAUUUACACCUGAUCUGAAACUGCAUCUGAUGAUGCUGCACUGGAUCUGAGAAGAUGCUGAUCUGGCAGUGGACUGGGAGAAUUAUAAUACACCAGGAUCAGUACAGACAGGAGUGUGUGUGUGUGUGUGUGUGUGUGUGUGUGUGUGUGUGUGUGUGUGUGUGUGUGUGUGUGUGUGUGUGAGACAGAUAGAAAUGAAACAGUUAUAUAAGACAGCAUUAUCGUGUUCCUCAGACACAGCGAUGUGAGUCGAGAUGGUGAACGUGGAGCUCUCGACAUUCUGGUUUUACAAACACGCACAUUUAAAUUUUGUUGACUUUUAUAUUAGUUGAUUGUAAAGAAGACUGAAUUGAGUAGAAGACAGUGUUCACACUUUACUACUAGAUUCAGAUUUCAAAGGAGAGUUUAACUCUAAUAAACAGGUCUAACACUGGACCAGGACACACUAUAUAUAUUUUAUAUAUUUGCAUUUCUUUUUUCUUUGCUGCUGUGACAGAGAAAUUUCCCCAUUGUGGGAUGAAUAAAGGUAUAAUUUAUCUUAUCUUAUCUUAUAUCUUACUAGCUUUUAGUCAUUAUUAGCAACGCUAAAGCGUUCGUCAGCCUGAUCUCUGUUCCUCGUGUCUGUUGCUCCACAUCUACACAGUCUCCAUGCAUGGGAUGUGAUGUGAGGACAAAACACCAGACAUUCCUUCCCAUCAGUGCGAAUAAACGCACAUGACAAGCUAAUUAGCUCCGGAUACAUAAACAUAUCGGUUAUAUCGUGCGAGCUACCACGUUUUAGUCGAGUCAGUUAAAGGUGGGGUUUCCGUCGUUUGAGAAACGCUUCAGAAAACCGAGUCGGGACGACAAACAAAACAAAAAACACAACAAACGUGUAGCCAAUGAGCAGAAAGGGGCGAGGCUCGUCGAUAUGGGCGGAGAGAGUGUUCAGUGCGCAUGUGUGACAUUAGCAGAAAGCGGUUUUAACAUCGACAUGGAGGAUAAAAACAAAGAAAGAAAGAGAAGAAAGACACUAUAAGGCAAGAAGUAGGACGUGUUAAUAUAGGAUCAGCUUUCCAGCGCUGGAGAGAACUGAAGGAGCAGGAAGUUGGCCACAUAUUCACAGGUUGGAGUUUCCCGAGUUAAUAACUCCUGAGCUAAACGCUGUUACUACACAAAUAACACCUCUUUUCUAUCGUAGUAAUGUAGAGAGGCAGCUACAACCGAGUUUUGUGUAGUAACAGCGUUUAGCUCAGGAGUUAUUGACUCGGGAAACUCCGACCUGUGAAUAUGUGGCCGACUUUACUUAAGACGCCGAGGCGCUUUUUUCCUUCUCGAUAGGUGAGUAACGUUGGUUUUGCUUUGUUACACAGAACUAAUAUAUGCCUUUGUCCUUUACAUGAUUAUGCUUGUGUGUCAUUUUUGCUUGGGUUUUUGCUUGGGUUUCUGGACACGUUUCUUUCUGUCAGUCGCCUGGGUUACGUAUGUAUGUGUGGGCGGAGCUAUCAAUACAGGGGUGGGACCCAUUUGGGUUAGGGGCGUGUUUGUUUUGGUGAUUUUAUAUGUCAACAUUGGCUUUCAAACAACAGAGACCUCAGCUUUAAGGGACCGGACAUGACACCGGAGCUUUUACUGGAUGACUUGUAAUUAAAUUAAACUUCCAUUUGAACUGUUUCCUGUUUGAAGUCAUUCCUGUCUCCGUGACUCACACGUACACUACAGAUGUGAUGGAUAAACAUUAGACCGAGAGACGUUUCGGACUCUCGGAGACCAUUUUGCCCGCGUGAGUCGUAGCAGAUGUUAACUUUGGCUCGUACGUCUGUACCUAAAUGUAUGUUUGAAAAUAAUUGUUUUAGAUUCUACAGGCAGACGUUUUAUUUGAUCUUCAUUCUGUAACUGAACCGUAGACUUUGUGUAGCUGUGCUUUAUGUGCUUUUCUAAUUCAUACACACACAAGAUCACACGUCACAGUCGUUUAUUUCACCGGCUUUAAUGUCGAGUUUUUUCAACUGCUUAGAAAUGACAUUUAAUAACAUCAUGUAAAACAUAAUGCUAAUAAACGUUUGUUUAAAUAAAAA